AUGUCCUCCUACCCAGCAAGAUAUCGCAAUAACAGCAGACUCGCCAAACAUGGAGAUGAUGGCUACGGAACGACUCACUAUUCUCAAUUAAUGGACUGUGAAAAUCGUACAUGCAAAGAACGACAGAAAACACUAUCUCGUCUGGAAGAUGAGAAUAAAAAGAAAGCCGAAGAAUUAAAUAACUGUUUCAAAGAAUUGACUAAAGCGAAAGAUCAAAAGGUUCAUCAAGACAACCUUAUAAAAGAUCUGCAACAAAAAUUGGACCAACAGAAAAGGAAAUGUGCAAGUUUACAAAACUCGAACAAAAUGCUGGCACAACAGAGCCAGCAGAUCAAAAAUGACUCUGAAACUAAAGUCGAGGAAUUGUCUAAUGAAUUAAACGAAAAAAAUUUAGAGAUACAAAACAUAAAAGAUUCUCAUAGUGAAUUCCGCCAACAAGCGUUACAAUGGCGAAAAGAAGCUUCUGAACUUCAAGCUGCUCUAGGAGAUUUUGGCAAUGCCGAACUUGCCGAUGAGAAUCCGAAUAACACUACAAAUUUCGAAGGCGAAAUUACCGAGUUGAAGCACAUUGUGAGUCAGGUUUGUCUGGUGGAACUAGCCAAUUCGGUAAACGAAAAGGCUUCGGCUUCUCUUUUAGAACACAGAGCUUAUACCAAAAAUCGCGCCGAACGUAGAGGAUUACUUUCUUGUCUAUUGCAAAAACAUAUUAUCCAGUAUAUCUUAAAAUUGUGGGACGAAUCCUUGGAAAAGUAUACGCAACGUGGUAUCGGAGAGGAUUUUGAUUUUGUGCAUUUGGAAAAUUCAGCUGCAAAGACUUGGGCUUCCGCACCCAUAAAAAAAUUCUUUGUCACUUACGUGAAACCCGUCGCUCAAUCAAACCGAGCGAGCGAAACCGCGCCUUUCCCACAUGAAUAUGAUGACAUCAUGUCGAUGACAGCACACGCGAUGCAGUAUUUCGACGGCCUCGAAAAGGCUUUAAACGAAGUUGACAAGAAUCGGGAAGAUGCUCAAAAGUUAAUUACCAAGAUACGUCAACUAUUGCUUCCUUGUCUUUCCAGUAAAGUUUGCACGCCACAAAAUCCAACGAUUCAAAACAUCACAACGAGCGUCUUGAAACGUUUGCGGGAAUAUCGUACUAUUAAAGAUUCAAACUAUCUCAACGAUGAAGUAAACUUGGUCAGACAAUUGGUACCAAAAUGCAUAAAACUACUCGGUAUUCAGUUCAAAAUCUAUUAUCCCAAGGCAAACCUCAAAUGGUACGAGUGCAAAGAAGUUCUAGAAGGGGAAGCGCGUACAUGGAUAGAUAUUGAUGGUGGCGACAAUGGUUCUAUGGUUGAUAUUUGCAUGUUUCCUUUAGUGUAUGCCGGAGAUCAUAACCAACCGGAAAGAGUGUACGCAAAGGCAAAGAUCACUGUAAUAUAA